AUGGAUCACGCGAACUUCUCAGCAAAGUUGGAGCCCUUCUUGUUGAUGUCCAAGUCGGUCAAAGGGGCUGCAGCAGCCAAACUGAUUCAAGAUGCCACUGCUGCACCAGGAGUCUUCGUAUUUUCAGAGUUGCUAGAACUUCCCAACAUUCAGGAGCUGGGAAAAAGCGAACAACACCGAAAGUUCCUGACAUUGCUCCAACUCUUUGCAUUCAAGACUUAUCAAGAUCAUCUUCAACACAAGGAUGCUCUACCACCCCUGAAUCAAGCUCAAAUCAUCAAGCUGAAGUAUCUAACAAUCGUUUCACUAGCUGCUGAGAGACGGAUCCUUCCUUAUGCAGACUUGCUCAAGGCCCUUGAUAUCUCAAAUCAGAAAGAGGAGCAAUUGGAAGUGACGUACACGGCGGGACGCGACCUCGAACCAGGCAAGCUAGAGCAGGUUUUGGCGGCAUUGAAGGGCUGGGCCAAUACAACCUCCGCUGUCCUCACGACGCUUGAUGCAAAGAUCAACUCAAUAGCCGCGGACACUGCUGCGCAGAAGCUCAACCAACAAGAACACGAGCGGAUACUGCAGGCACACCUGAAGGAAGUCUUCGAGAAACAAAAAGAGAAGAGCAUGGGUGGCGGCAUGGCAAGCAGGCGGGCGGCUUUCCAGAUGGGCGAUCGGGAGAACAUGAUGGACGUGGACGAGCCAGAUAACAAAGGCAAAAACCGAAAAGCGUCAUCAGAGGCGGCUCCGAAGCCGUCGCGAAAGCGAAACAAGUUCUAA